AUGGGGACGUGUGAGCACUGGAGACGGGUCUGCCCCAGCAGCACCCACACAGCCCCAGGGGCCACGGCUGCCACACCUGGGUCCCGGGCAUGUGCUGGACACUGCCGCGGUCAGCCCUCUCGGGCAGCCAUCUGUGAGACCACCGGGACCCACACGGCCGCCACCGGCCCUGAGAGCAGGCUCCGGGCAUGCGGGCGCUGCGCCCAGCCGGGCACCGGAGGCCAGCAGUGCCUCUGGCGCCGGCGGGGUCUGCGGGCCCAGGGCACGGGUGAAGGGGGCGGGGCGGCCGGAGCACCGGUGACCGAGAGCUGGAGGGGUCAAUACGGACCGGCGCCCGCCCUCGAGACGCCGGCCAAGAGCCUCAGACCCGAGACGACUACAUGGAGGCCGGACUGGGAGCUGGUCUCCGCGGACAGCUGUCCGGUGUGGAGCUUCCACCUGGACCUGGAGAGGCUGGAGCCGCUGCGGCGGGGCCCUCCCCUGGGCUCGGCUGGGCUGGGUGGCCAGGUGGUGUCUGCAGAGCGCUGGGCCAGCACGUUGAGUGUGUGGUUUUAUUUUUUAGGCAAAAGCAAGGAAGCAGAAAUAAAGAGGAUAAAUAAAGAGCUGGCGAACAUACGGUCCAAGUUUAAAGGUGACAAAGCCCUGGACGGCUACAGCAAGAAGAAGUACGUGUGCAAGCUGCUCUUCAUGUUCCUCCUGGGCCACGACAUCGACUUCGGGCACAUGGAGGCCGUGAACCUGCUCAGCUCCAACAGAUACACGGAGAAGCAGAUCGGCUACCUGUUCAUCUCCGUGCUGGUCGACUCCAACUCCGAGCUGAUCCGGCUCGUCAACAACGCCGUCAGGAACGACCUGGCCAGCCGCAACCCCACCUUCAUGGGCCUGGCCCUGCACUGCAUCGCCAACGUGGGCAGCCGGGAGAUGGCCGAGGCCUUCGCCGGGGAGGUCCCCAAGGUCCUGGUGGCCGGGUACGUCUCUGGGACGGGAGGAACACGCCGGCCCUGGCCUGAGUGGGGGAGCCGCGUUCCUGUCGGCGGGGGCCCGGCCGCAGCUUCCCGCCCAGAAGACCCCGCGGUGCGUGGCCGCCUGACCGAGUGCCUGGAGACCAUCCUCAACAAGGCCCAGGAGCCGCCCAAGUCCAAGAAGGUCCAGCACUCCAACGCCAAGAACGCUGUGCUCUUCGAGGCCAUCAGCCUCAUCGUCCACCACGACAGUGCCCGCUGCGCGUGCCGGCCGGGGCCUCUGCCUGUCUGCUCAGCUGGGCCAGCGGCCGCCCUCUUCCGAGGCGACUCGUGA